GAGACCGAUUAAACGAUGGCCAGAAGACCUGGAACACUGGAUUCCCAACUGCCGCUCCUUGCGGUGGGCGGACUACUCAUCCUGGGAUUGGCCAUUGUCGAGUCCCUGGAGUGCUAUGCCUGUGACUCCGCUGAGGAUUCGGAAUGUGCCACCCGACCGGGUCAGCAGCUGGAAGUGGAGGAGUGCCAGCAGUCGGGCGACGAGUGUGUCACCUCCAUAUCGGCGGGAUUAACGCGACGCGGCUGCCUGGCGCGUUUGUAUCCUAAUGGCUACUGUGCCGCUCCAUGUGACCGGUGCAAUACGAGCCUGUGCAAUCGGCACGUUUAUCCCACGGAUCGAUUGCGUUGCUAUCAGUGCAGCGGCUCGGAUUGCAUCGAUGUGGCCAGUCGGCCGCAGUACCUGCUGCCGUGUCCGGUUUAUCGGGAGGAUGACAGGUGCUACACGAACGUAGUCCACUUAUCCAACACCCAGCGCGGCUGUGAGCACACCAAUCUGCCGACAACCUGUCCGCAUGUCUGUCUGAAGUGCAAUUACAAUGGUUGCAAUGCGGAGAAGACCGUCACGGAAUCGCGCUGCCUUCAGUGCACCCACAAUCGAUUGGCCCCCAAUCCGGACUGCCUGCGGGACCAGGAUCCCCAGGAUCCCCAGGCGAUGGCGGAGCAGCCCAAGUGCUCGUUGAGCAACUCAACGGUGACGCAUUGCGUCAACAAGGUGAUGUACGGACACAGGGAGAAUUGCUUUAGCUACCUCAACAGCCAGACGGAGGUACUCCAGAGGGGCUGCUCCACCAGCAUGGGAUUCUAUCCCACUGGCGACCUAACCGAGUGCCACGGCGAAUUCUGCAAUGCCAAUUGCCAGGAUAUUGUCUGCGCCGCCUGCAACUCCACCGCAAAUCCUGCCUGCCGUUCUGGCCGCAAUUUGCCAACGGAAAAGUGCGCAGCGGGCACCACGGCCUGCUAUUCCUGCGAGCAAGAUACCUUCCUGCGACGUGGCUGUGCGGAUGCGGAUUUCGCACCUGCAGCUCUGGGCGAAAGUUGCCAGUUGUGCCGCGACGCGGACUCCUGCAAUCGCUACUCCGUCCGGAGCUGCUACCGCUGCAGUGCCCAGGACCAGGAUGCGGACUGUGCGGCCAUGAACCUGCCCACGGCGAUGACGACCAGCAAUUGCUCCAGCCCCACGGAGCUGUGCGUGAGCACGGUGCUUAGCCGGCUGGACGGGAUCUAUACGGUGCGCGGAUGCGAGGGUCAGGUGCCGGAGUGCUCCGCCAAUGAUCCGUACUGUGUCCGCUGCAACGGAAGUCUGUGCAACGAUGCACCCACUCUCUGGCGUCAGACGCAACUCGGAUCAGCAGUUGCUACGGAUCAGCAGUUGUCGCAUAGCUGGUGGUCACUGCUGCAGUACUGGUGGUCCAGGAAACUCCGAUAAGCACCCAUUACAUGGCUGGCUGGACGAACUAUGCGCCGAUAUCUGAUUAAUGGGCGUGGCCAAGGGGCGGAUGUGUUCGGCGGGAGGUAAUGAAGCGAGCGGAACGCCCCCGCAAAAUCGGGCAAACAAAAGCAUUUAAGUAAACAAGCUGUGGACUACUAAACGGGCUCACUGGACACUGCUGCUCAUUGGAAGUACGGAUGCCAUAAAUAAGGAUUACAUAUUGUGUUCCAUAGAUCAUGUAUAGCAAAUAGUUCCUAUCUAGGAGAAUUGUGUAUGUUUGAUGUUUACAUAUUUUGUAUAUGUGCAUGUAUUUAAAAUGUAGGAUAUCAUAAGUAAAAACGGGGCUAGUUUUUUGGAGCUAGAAGCCAGUUUCGAUAUGAAUAUAUUCAUAUUUUUGAUAAACUCUCAGCGAA